UCUGUCUAGAUGGGCGGAGACCCAGAGGGACACCACGUGGGGACUGUCUGAGCUGCAUCUCCCGCUGGCGUUCAGUUUAGGUCUAGGUUGGAAUUGGAACUGUGGAGAUGAGGAAGGAAACUCCGCCUUCCCUAGUGCCUUCCGCAGCCCGCGAGUGGAAUCUUCCCCCUAAUGCACCGGCAUGUAUGGAGCGGCAGUUGGAGGCUGCGCGGUACCGGUCGGAUGGGGCGCUCCUGCUUGGGGCCUCCAGCCUGAGCGGCCGCUGCUGGGCUGGCUCCCUCUGGCUUUUCAAAGACCCUUGUGCCGCCCCCAACGAAGGCUUCUGCUCUGCUGGAGUCCAGACGGAGGCCGGAGUGGCUGACCUCACUUGGGUUGGGGACAGAGUUAUCCUAGUGGCUUCCGAUUCAGGUGCUGUUGAAUUGUGGGAGCUGGAUGAGAACGAGACACUCAUUGUCAGCAAGUUCUGCAAGUACGAGCAUGAUGACAUAGUGUCUACAGUCAGUGUCCUGAGCUCUGGCACACAAGCUGUCAGCGGUAGUAAAGACUUCUGCAUCAAGGUGUGGGACCUUGCUGAGCAGAUGGUACUGAAUUCAUACCGGGCUCACUCUGGGCCGGUCACUUGUGUUGCUGCCUCUCCCCACCAGGACUCCGUGUUUCUUUCAUGCAGUGAGGAUAGUAGAAUUUUACUCUGGGAUACACGCUGCCCCAAGCCAGCAUCACAGAUGGGCUGCAGUGCCUCUGGCUACCUUCCUACCUCACUGGCGUGGCAUCCUCAGCAGAGCGAAGUCUUUGUCUUCGGUGAUGAGAAUGGGACUGUCUCCCUUGUGGAUACAAAGAGUGCGAGCUGUGCCCUCAGCUCAGCUGUGCACUCCCAGUGUGUCACGGGGCUGGUGUUCUCCCCACACAGUGUCCCUUUCCUGGCCUCUGUCAGUGAAGACUGCUCUCUUGCUGUGCUGGACUCUGGCCUCUCCGAGGUGUUUAGAAGCCGAGCCCAUAGAGACUUUGUGAGAGAUGCUACUUGGUCCCCGCUCAGUCCCUCCCUCCUUACCACGGUGGGCUGGGACCAUCAGGUCAUCCAUCACAUCGUGCCCACAGAGCCUCUCCCAGCCCCAGGACCUAACAGUGUUGCCGAGUAGCUUGGAUUUAAGACAAAAGGCAAAUCCCCGUGAGCGGCCAGUCGCUUUGCCGCUGCCCUCGCAGUUCGUGAGACGGCGCAGGAGCCUUACGCUGCGUGUCCAUACUCCAGAUCCAUGCGGCCACUGGGCACGUCGCUCAGCCUGGGGGUGGCGGAUUCUGCGGUCCUGUAGUCAUAGGGAAAAAAAAACUUUCUUAAAAAUAGAUAUGUAUGUAUGAGUGUGUGUGUAGAUACAUAGUUUUUGAUGAGGGGAUAAAAAAUCCAUCCUACAUCGUUCCCAAGGCCUACCCACACCCCCCUCCCCACAGACUGUCCCCCUAAAAAAGUCCACAGAAGGGUUUUAUGCUCCCCAGGUAGCAGUGCAUGAUGAAUCGGCUAUGUCUGGAUGAGGUAUGAGAUGUAGGCACUUCUGGAUUCUAGGAAGCAGCUCAUAUACUACUCAUAGAAAUAGAAGCAACUUAAUAUUUUAUAGAGCUAUAUUCACCUUCAUCAUAGGUGGCAAUGCUUCCACUCACAAAAAUCCAGCCCAGCUCACCUCGAGGAAGAGCCAGGACACCUUCCCCACAGUUCUGCACACCUUGCCAUUAAACUGAGUCUGAAAUCCAUGUUCUGGCUGAAUGAAAGGUUUGGCUGGUGCCUGUGUAAUGCUCGACCCCCGAUACCCAGAGUCGUGUAUGUGAGAGAGGAGUGUUUUUUGGUCAUAGAUGCCAUAGAAACAAGUUUGGGGAUGGCGGAGCACUUCAGAGCAUUUCAGUUAAGUUAAAAACUGACAGACUUGCAGAGAAAUAUCUUGUCACUUUUCCUACCUGAAAACAGCCUGGGGCCUGACCUCUCCUGCCUCUGGGCCCCUUUCUGUGGACAUAGGAAGUCUGAAUGCUCCUUUUUGGACUCUGAAGAUUUUUAAAUUGCAGGAUCAGAUUGAGAAUCAGAAAUACUGACUAAUGAAAUAAAACAUUUAGGCUUUUUUGGUCUGUCUUUUGAA